GUCGAUUUGCCAAAAUCGGCAAACACCGAAUACCUCCUCCCUCCAAAACCUCGCCUGAAGAAUGACGAUUAAUGCGUUCGAGGAUCCCAUCAGCGACGAACCUACACCGGAAACUGAGGAGCUAUACUCGUCAUGGGCACUCGCCAUACUAUGCGUUCUUCUCAUCCUUUCAUUAUGGACAUCAUAUUACGUUCAAAUCAAACGGAUACGAGCCGUACAUGAGACGGUCCUAUCAAUAUUUGCAGGAAUGUUCGUUGGAAUGGUUGUCUGGGCCUCUCCAGGACAUCUCAUCCGUGACAUGCUGAAAUUCAAACAUACUCUUUUCUUUAAUUUACUUCUCCCUCCUAUUAUUCUCAACUCUGGAUAUGAACUUAAACAGGAUCAUUUCUUUCGCAACUUCGGCUCUAUCCUGACAUUUGCUUUCAUUGGAACAUUCCUCUCUGCAAUAGGCAUUGGGGUAAUUGUCAAUUUAUUCACUGUUGUGGCACCUGCUGCCCUCGCACCAAAACUAACGCUCCUGGAAUGCCUUAUUCUUGGGUCCACCCUUUCUGCCACUGACCCUGUCACCAUUUUGGCAAUCUUCACCCAGUACAAGGUUGACCCUAAUCUCUACGCGGUUAUUUUUGGGGAGAGCAUCCUUAAUGACGCCGUUAGUAUUGUCAUGUACGAAACACUGUCGGGAUUCCAUGGCUCGGAAUUCUACCCAUCUUCUCUCAUCCAUGGAACUGGGAUCUUCUUGCUUUCAUUCUCUAUUUCCAUGGCUCUGGGCGUGAUGUUCGGCCUGGGCUGUUCCCUUGCCCUCAAGCAUUCGAGUCUUUCCCAUUUCCCUGGUAUCGAGUCCUGCCUUGUUGCUUUGGUAGCUUACACCAGCUAUUUUUUCAGCAACGGCAUCAAGAUGAGUGGAAUUGUGUCGCUCCUGUUCUGUGGUAUUACUCUCAAGCAUUACGCCUAUCACACCAUGUCCCGGAAGACGCAGAGAACGACCAAAUACAUGUUCUCGGUAUUAGCUCAGCUGUCAGAAAACUUCAUAUUCAUUUAUCUUGGUCUCAAUCUCUUCACACAAGAUGUGCAGGUCUUCAGACCCUUGCUCAUCCUAGUAACUACGAUUGCUGUAAUUGCCACCAGAUAUCUAGCAGUGUUCCCACUCUCCACUGUUAUCAAUUUCAUCCAGCGCGCCCGUGGUCAGCGUCACGAAGAAUUGCCGCAUUCAUACCAAAUGAUGUUAUUCUGGGCCGGCCUACGUGGUGCCGUUGGAGUCGCACUUUCAAAUGGAUUCCAAGGCGAUAAUGCGGCAGCGCUAAGGACCACCGUCCUUGUCGUUGUCGUGCUCACGGUGAUCAUGUUCGGUGGAACUACUUCAAGAAUGCUGGAAGUUCUGGGAAUCAGGACAGGUGUUGAGGAAGAAGGAUCAAGUAGUGAAGAGGAGGGUCCGCCUCUUUUCGGCGCAAGACGUCGUGGGGGAUGGCUUGAUACACAGCACGACCACCGCCCAUCUCCAUGGACUGGACGUGCGGAGGUGUAUGGUUGGGACCGGGGGACUGGGAGUCCAGGUGACGGUGAAUUUCGGGGACGCCGAACUCCAGUUCGAUCACCAAGUAACAUGUUCUCUGCAGGAUCUGAUGAAGAAUCAUACUCGGAUGGUGGCGAAGUACUGCCGCUCUCCAGUGCCGCCGCCCAGUCAAGUGCUCAUCACUAUGUAGCCCAAGAGGGCAGCAGCGGUUCUCGCACACCCGCCGCAGGGGAGUGGUCCUUUACUACGCUCGACGAACGCUACUUGCUGCCUUUGUUUUCAAACAGCGUAGCUAGCAGGAGUUUCAACGCUCGGAAAGCGGGUCGCCGCGCAGCGAUGGGGCUUUCGCCCGAAGGCGGGGCUGCCCACGACGAGUCGGAGGAUGACGACGGGGGGAGCGUAGAUGACUUGGCAAGAAGAGCUGCUAGAGAUUUCACUGGAGCAUGAAUAAUUUCUUUGACCAUCUCAGAGGGCAACACAAUGGGAUUACAAGAGGCUCCAAUCCCACAUCACCCCGAUGAUCUAGACCUUGAACGCUGUAUCCUCUCUAACGACAUAUAAUUCCGAAUUGUACGAGAUAAUACCACAUGUUUAACAUUAUGGAGGCGUCGCCAUACAGU